CCUCCCAACGUGUUGCGCAUGCCCAGUACACCGUUUUUGUUUUGUGGGCAUUAUUUGGAAAACAGUCAGCUACUGGGGGGUUCCGACGCCGGGACACGGUCACAAUCGGGCGGAAUCCGUGCCGAGCUGUCAGUUCUGUCCACUCUGUUUUCCGCUGUAGAGAGGGCGAAGUCUCCUUUGGUAGGUCUGCAGAGCCAUGAGUGCCAAAACGCCCUACAUCGGCAGCAAAAUCAGCCUGAUAUCAAAGGCUGAAAUCCGGUAUGAAGGCGUUCUCUAUGCCGUGGACACCAAAGAGGCGACCGUGACACUCGCGAAAGUUCGGUCUUACGGUACGGAGGGUCGGCAGGUGCCCAAGCCCAUUCCGCCGAGGACAGAAACGUACGAGUUCAUAAUCUUCAGAGGCAGCGACAUCAAGGACCUGCAUGUUAGCGAGAUCCAGGCCAAGACUGAGCAGCAGGACCCAGCUCCCCAGGACCCUGCCAUCCUCUCUGCUACAUCACAGGCUCCAGUACCACCCCCUGCUACCAAUGAACCAACACCGCCCUCCUCCUCUGCCCCCUCCUCUUCCCAACCACUCUUCGUCCCUCAGUCCCAACACCCCACGUACUCCCAGUUUCCCCCGGCACCUAGUGGGUUCCCACCAUUCAACAUUCCGUAUUUCAAGCCUGCCAUGAUGAUGGGAGCAGGAGGACCAGCUGGGGUCCAGAGACCACCUCAUAUCCCUCCAAUACCGACUCCCCAACACCCCCUCCACCCUCUCCCACUUUCUUCCCACCAGCCCUUUCCACCGUUCAUGCCUGGCCAAGUACCCAUACCUCUCUCGCACAAGUCUCCGUUUGUCCCUCCCAACCUCCCCUCCUCUUUUGCCCCUCUCAUCAGUACGAUAAUGAGACCCAGCCCUGGUGUGAUAGCCGAGGGAAAGAGCCAGUCGCCUGUCGCCUCCUCGACCCCCCAGACCACUACUGGACUGGCUACUGACACCCACACCACCAGUGGAGACAGCACCACUCCUGCUCAAACCACUCCCCAAGCUGCCAGCGAGUCAGAGUCGCCAUUGGCGAGAAUGAAUCACGUGUCACCGCCGUCACAAGUAACGCAGGCACCUCCUCCCUCCUCCCUCUCCCACCUCCCACCGUCCCUAGACUCCGCCCCUCCCUCGGCUCCAGGCCAGGGAACCAGUCACACAACCACAACAGCUGGAAAUGUAAACCAACAGCACCAACCAACCACCACGUUGCAGACACAUGGUGGAGGUGGUGGCGAUGAGGAGAAGGAGUCUCUCCUGAAACAAGGCAGGGACAGUGGUGACAAGGCCCCUCUCAUUAGUGAACCUCCUCCUCAAACAACGGCAGAGAGACGAAACAGUGCCGGCACUAGAGGACGGGACAGAAGUCGUGGUCGUGGAGGACGGAGAAAUUUCCGUGCUGGCCCCCACAGUUGGAGCAGAGGGGGUGGCCCCCCCAAUCAACACGAGCCCACCUACCGCUACGAGAACGACUUUGACUUUGAGAGUGCCAACGCCCAGUUCGACAAACAGGUUCUGGAGGAGGAGUUCAAGAAACUGAGAGUCGGGAAGAGCAAGUCUGCUGCAGCAGAGAGCGGCACGCCUUCUGCCACGCCCACCACUGGAAGGAGUGUGUCUGAGGACGUGGGUGGCGUGGUGGAGGAGGAGGAGGUGGAGGAGGGAGAAGUGAUUGAUGAGCCCGAACCCGAGGAGUUCUACGACAAGACCAAGAGUUUCUUUGACAGCAUCAGCUGCGAGAAUCCUGGAGGGAGUCGCUACACUAACAGAAACGAGGAGAGAGAGCUCAACACGGAGACAUUUGGCGUGAGCAGUGUGAACAGUCUGCGGAGGGGGAGGGGGAGAUGGAGGGGCGGUGGCCGAGGACGAGGGAGGGGAGGAUACGUGAGGAGGGACUACUACUAUGGGAGAGGUGGGGGGAGCAGAGGAGGGAGAGGAGGAAGGAGAGAGGACGGGAGAGACGGCGGUAGUAGAGACACGAGAGAAGACAGACCACCCAGAAGGUUAGGCUCUCACUGUCCAUCUGCACCAUAACAAUACAGCAGAUUUUCACUGCUACAGUAUUAUUCUCCCAUCAAUUGCUACACGAAGACCAUGACUAUUAUAUACAUUGCAUGCAUGUCUCCACAGAGGUGGUGGGUACUACCGGUCAGCGGGUGGGUGGUACAGGGGAGGUGAGAAGAGAGGGAGAGGAAGAAGUGAGAGAGGAAGGAGAGGGUCAGUAGACCAGCCGGCAGCAAAACCCACUGCUGCAGGAGACCAAUAAUGAAUGAUACUGGACCUGGACCAAAUGCCUACCAUACGAAAACUAUGUUACGCUGUGUAUGUACAUGAAGUGAGGCUUUCAAGAUUUUUCAAGUCUGUUACAUUAUGUCGUUGCAUCUCAUUUCACUGAUCUUUAUUCCACUAUUGUACUCUUGACUGCAGCAAUGCAAGUCAUCAACCGAUACUUACGUGUAAAUGUACUACACUGUUGUUGUCGUUUGAUCUCCUAUUGAACACUUGCAAUUUUUUCAUCAUUGAUUGAAACU